AUGGGCCGGCCAGUCUUUUCAACCCGCGGGGGCAGCGACAGUAUCUUGAUAGUGGCGACCUCAGAGACAACACUAGGCGAGACGCUGAUUCCAACAGGCGCAUGGGCAGAGACAAUUGCAGAGCCGUACUACACCUUCAGGCGCAAGGGGUACAGGGUGGUCAUGGCCUCCAUCCGCGGCGGCCCCAUCCCCAUCGACCCAGCCUCAGUCGCCCCCCAGAACGUCAAGACCCACACCGUCAAGCUCUUUCUUGCUGACCCUGAGGCGCAACGCCUGAUGCAUCACUCCCUGCCGGUGGCGCUGGUUGACUCCCAGGACUACGGCGCAAUCUUCAUCUCAGGCAUGCUCCUUUGUUUUCUUUCUUUGAGCUGUAGAAUACCAUGCGGGCAUGGCAUCGCGUGGGAUGGCCCCUUCAACAAGGAGCUGCGGCGGCUGGUGGAGGAGGCGUACGCGACCGGCAAGAUCAUCGCCGCGGUAGACCAUGGCCCCGCCGCCAUCGUGCACGCCAGGAACAUCAAGCUGGGGGACCCGCGCGAGGGAACGCCCCUCGUCUUCCGCAAGGACGUGACGGGCUUCAGCAACACAGAAGAGGAGGCUGUCAGGCGCGCAGCGCUGGUGCCAUUCCUGCUGGAGGACCGCAUCCGCGAUGAGGAUGGCAUCUACGUGCGCGCGCUGCGCGAUUUUGACCCGUACGCGGUGCGCACCGGCCAGCUCAUCACCGGCCAGAAUUGGCAGAGCUCCAAGGCCACCGCCGACCUGGUCGUGGACGCGCUGUCAUUCGGCGUCCGCAACAUGCCCUGA